AAGCAAUUAUGCCACUACUGCGAAUGAUGAGUGAGAUGAGGGAGUAUCUCCGCAGCGUGGAUGCUGAUGGCAAUCGGAUUGCUUUGCUCGAAGUUGCACGACAAGGAUAUAACAUCCAGUCCAACAUAUUCCACAUUCCGGAUCAAUUAGGCCUCUUCUCACAAAGAUCGCCAGCUUUCUUAGUAGAAGAAGCGAAAUUCUUUUGUUUUCAUUUAUAUGUACACAUCGGGUGGUUUGUCACUGGUGAUCUCCCGCUAUAUUGUCUUAGCUAUAACACCACAUUCUUCACCGAAGCGGUGAUUCUUGCAUUAAUGCAUCUAUUUACCGCCGUGGUAUUUUGGUUUGCACUGGUUGUGCAUCGCCACCAGCAGGAGAAUAUGUUGAAAAAGACGGAUGACGUUAUUCGAGCUGCGGCCAAAACUACCGAGGGAGAUACGGCCGCUAAGACAGAACUCCCCGUUUAUGUCAGGAACACGCUGGGAACUUCCGGGGUAGGUAUUGUGAUUUUCGAUCCAGCAGGAAGUCUAGAUAUAAAGCCUAGAGCAAGCAAGCCAGGUCUCCUUAAGAAGCUUGCUCCCGUUCUCAAGAAGACAACAACUCCGCUGAAGAAGGCUUUCGCUGCUACCUCUAAGAAGGCCGUUGCUGCCACCAAGAAGACCCCAGCUAAGGCUGGUGCCAAGAAGAGUGCUUCUCCUAAGAAGAGUGUUUCUCCUAAGAAGAGCGCUGCCGGCAACAAGAAGUCUGUGGGCAAUAAGAAGACUGCCAGUGCCAAGAAGGCUGGCGCCAAAAAGAACCUUGCUAAGGCUGGUUCUAAGAACGCCGCCGGUAGCAAGAAGGCUAGCUACCAGAAAGCUGUUGGCAACAAGAAGUCCGUUGAUCAGACUGCGAAAAGUAAGGCACCAGCAAGCGCAAGCUGCUCUAUCGGAAGGCGCGACGGCGACGGCGACGGCGGAUCAUGCACUCUCGGACCACUCGAGAAGGACCAGAGUCUCGUGGAAGGGAAGAACGACGCAACGGUGAACAGCUCAGUCAUCCAGAAGCCGAAGAAAUCUGAACCUCUGGAUGAUGGCCAGCUUGCGAGCGUGGGCAAAGAUGCCUGGCUCGAGAUACAGGCGCAGCACAAGGCCGCCGGAGGAAAGGAGGAGGACAUGCCGGACACUAUGCACGUCUAUCAAAACCACCCCGAACUCAUCCUCUCGAACUCCCAAAAGAGCGGCCCUGAUCUGACGACAGAUAAGAAGAAUAAAUCAGGACGGGAAGUGCUCGGAACUUGCGAGAAGAAAUGGGCUGGCGAGGGGAGAAAACAUCCCGAACACAAACACGAGGCAGCCUGUGGCGAAUAUACGGGAAUACACAUCAUGAGCCAGAAGCACGACGGAAAGAAGCCGGACGGGGAAACACAGAUGGUUGCAGUUCACCGACCGAAUGCGCAGGGCGAGGACAAGGGCAAGGAAAGGCCUGACGCGAAGAAAGAGGACAUUGAAAUCCAGCCACCUUGUGACGGUGAACCGAGAGAUGGGAAGCCCGAUGGCCGUAGGAAUAUCGGCGGUUGCGCGACCAUGAAGCAGGUGACCGAGGCCCAUGUCGUGCCUCAUACCACAGAGGAUAAAACCUAUGACUUGAAGGACGCCAAAGUUGAAUCACACCCACUGGGUCCCUACGAGGAAGAUACCGAAUUUACCGCACAGAGGGCAGAGAAGAAAGCCAAUGAACAGGCUAAUCAGGAGAGAAAAGCCCAGGAAGAGAAGGAGAAAUUGGAGGCAGCAAAAUUGAGGAAAAAGGAGGCAAAUAAAGUAAAGAAAGCCCAAAAGAAGGCCGAUGAGGCUAAAAAGGCUGCAGAGGCUGCAGAGUCU